GUGUAUUUGACGGUAAACUUCAUACUCGACUAUUUCAGUUAUUUCACGCCUUAGUUUACCCUUCGAAUAACUAAUCUACGUAUUCAUAAUUUCGGACCUAAUGAUUCAAGAACCGACAUCUGUUUGUGUUGUUUUUAGUGGAAAAAGAAAAUCCGGCAAAGAUUAUACUGUCAAUCGUCUGACUAAUCUGCUCCGAUGUAAUCAUCUUUCUUGUUUAGUAGUACGAAUAAGUGAGCCAAUUAAAUCGUAUUUUGCUGAACAUUAUGGAUUAGAUUUGUCUGAAUUAUUAUCCUCGAAUGAAUAUAAAGAAAAAUAUCGAAAACAAAUGAUUGAUUGGAUGGAACAGGAAAUAAAGCAAGAUCCUUAUACAUUCACUCGGAAAUCGUUGCUUGAAAGUAUUAGACGAUAUGGCAUACCUCAUCCUGAUAUUAUUAUUAUCUCAGAUGCCAGAAGGAUAAAUGAUGUAGAGUAUUUCAUCAGGACAUUUGGUCGAUCUAAGUGUUUGUUAAUACGUAUUGUCACACCUAUAGAAAUUAGAAUCGAACGGGGUUGGUCAUAUGUUGAUGGGGUUGAUAAUGUUAUGUCUGAGUGUGGAUUAGAUGAAUUCACUUGUUGGGAUUACAUUUUAUCCAAUGAUGGAGACGAAAGUGCAUUUAAAAACCAUUUAGACGAUAUUGUUGCACGCAUUAAAGAAGUGCGAAAAUUAUCCUAAUGUUUAUCAUGCAGUCAUUGAUAAUAAUGCUUGAUGCAAGUGUAGUCGUUUACGUUGUAUGAACACUUCUUUCAACAUGCGUUUACUGCAACAAUGUUGAGACGUACUUUUGAGCAGUGUCGCAAUUGAACGAGUUUACUUCUCGGAUGAUCAUUAUUCUGGCUACAAAUUUCCAGAUUGUUUGGGAAAUAAAUCUUGUUUGGUUAUUGGAAAUAAAAUACUGAUCUACUUCAGAAACUCGCAGUCGACUCUUGUCUAGAUUUAUCUAUUUAUGAGAUUGUUCCUACAUAACUCAUGGGAUCUGACUUUAAAACCCUCACGAUCAAAUACAUAUUCAGUGUACAUCAGAUAAUCAAUGUCUUCAUUUUUAGUGAAAGCAAAUUUUUUUCCUGAGUAUGUCACUCAUCAUUUUCAUAAUACAUUUUUAUAGACAUAUUCUUUUUGUAUUGUUGAGACUAUAAUAUUUGCCGUAGAUUCAAUUUUGUUAUUACUUAUUCUAAAAGAAUGUUAAUUUCAAACGAAUUCACCAUAAAUAAUGGCUAGUUAACCGUACAUAACGCAUCCUAACCACCUCAGUUGAUGAAAGUUUACAACCUCGCUAAAUUUGUCCUAACUUGUAUUUAGCCAACUACUACAUUUAUAUUUUAUGGAGUUAUACAAUGUGGUAGUAACCUAAUACUUAGUUUUAGAUUCCGCAACGCAGACUUUAUGCUUGAGUCUCUCCUAAUUUAUUAAUAGACUUUUCUCAAUUGGUGGUGUUGUUUAGGUAAUGGUGUA